AAACUUCAGAUCCACCGAGGUUUGAGUUUAUGCAUCAAGAUGAGUGCGACAGUCGCACCUCUCCCAGCGCUUCCUAGCAAAUCCACACCUCUCAAACUAUCUUCGUCUAUCGCCAACCUCGCCGUUGCCUCCUCGUCCACAGUACCGAAGCAGAGUCCUAAAAUAUCGACACCAGGAGCUGGGGGUGCUGACGAUGAUGGCCGAAAGACAUAUUUUCUGGAAGCGGCCGAGCCGGUCGACGAUUUUGACGAAGACGACCUGAACUAUGAAGAGGUUCCUAUAGAGGAGUUUGAAGAGCUGGAGGAUGAUGAUGAGGAAGAGACGCUGGAAAGUGCUGUUAGAAACAUUCAUGAGCGGAGCUUCUUCGGAGUUCCGGUGGAGCCGUCUUCCAAGGCCGAGGAACUCACUCCUACCCUUACCAAGCGCCCUGAGGUGAUCGAUGACUACAUCAGAAACUAUCUGUCCAGUAAGGGAUUGGUGAAGAGCUUGGAUGCAUUCCAGAACGAAUGGUACGAAUACCAGCAAAAGGGCCGAUUGAGCAUCGAAGACAUCACAAUUGUACCAGAUGUUUACCAACGCAACCAAGAACUUGCAGACGCAUUGCAAAAACUCCGGGUAGACGUCGAAAACUACAAAGACAUCGCUAGCAAAGCCCGCUCGACCUACGACAAACUCCGCAAAGAGCGGGAUUUCCACCGUAUGCAUCACAAGCGGGUCGUUCAGGAAAAAAAUAAGUUGAUUGCGGAUAUCAAGCGACUGAAGAAGCACUAUGAGAGUUAUGAACCAAUGUUGAAAGCUCUGCAAGUCAAGUAUGAGACUGCAAUGAAGGAGAAGAUGUUGACGAGAUUAGAACGUGAUCGGCUCGCUGGAAAGGUAGUACAGCUGGAAAAUGCAGCUAGAAAUAUAGAUAGAAGGGAACGUGAUCGAGACCGCGAGUCACCAACCGGUCAAUCCAGCCGGUCAAGCGCCAAUCCUAAACGUGAAGCGCAACCUAAAGAGGGCACGGCAACCACCACGAAUAAACCUACCAAAAAGAACAUCAAUUCCCGCGAAUCCACUCUCCCGCUCGAAGAUCGACCAAAUCCCUACGCCAACGUUGACCUUCCCGUUGCCAAAUGCGACCGGUUGCGACAGAUUCAUGUUGUCAAGGGACAUGACAUGGCGAUUAGCUCCGUGAAAUUCCACCCUAAAAAGAUGAUCCUUGCAACAGUCUCUGACGACAGGACGUGGAAAAUGUGGGCUUUUCCGUCCGGAGAAUUGAUUAUGAGCGGUUCGGGGCAUAAGGAUUGGGUGGCCGAAUGUGACUUCCAUCCGAGGGGAGCGCAUCUGGCAACAGCUUCAGGAGACGGCACAAUCAAGAUUUGGGAUUUCGGUAAAGGGUCGGUCACAUCAACUCUGAGUGAUCACACUCAAGCGGUAUGGUCAUGCGCAUUUCACGAUACGGGCGACUUUUUGGCGAGUAGCUCUAUGGAUCAUACAGCAAAGCUGUGGGAUAUGCACACAGGUCGCUGCCGACAAACUUUCAGAGGCCAUGCGGAUUCUGUCAACCAAGUCGGAUUCGUACCUUACACCAACACCAUUUUCACCUGCUCUGGAGAUAAGACGAUAUCACUGUGGGAUGCACGAACAGGACUAUGUUCGCAGACGUUGUAUGGGCACAUGAAUGCAAUAAAUUGCGUUUCUUUUUCAGUGAAGGGAAACAAAGUUGCGUCCAGUGAUGCAGACGGUGUUGUCAAAUUUUGGGACAUUCGGAACGUCUCCGAAGUAGCCAGCCUUGACGCCGGUCCACAUCCGGCGAAUCGCGUAUCGUUUGACCCAAGUGGAACAGUUCUCGCUGUAGCUGGAAAUGAUGGCAUUUGUCGAUUAUUUAAUGUCAAGGACUUGGGUGCGCAUGCGGCUUCCUCGAAGAGAGAAGUCCAAGCACACGACGAUGGCUGUCAGGCAGCAGUGUUUGAUCGAGCGGCUGAAUUUUUGGUGACGGCUGGUGGUGAUGGGACAUACCGAAUCUUUCAAUGAAUUGAACUGGAGCUGCAGAGACCUUUUAUUUAUCUUUGUUUCGUAAUAUACAAGAAUCUUUGGCGAUUGCGUUGUUUUCUGUGGCCUCACCUACGUUCUCUGUAUCCCCAUGAGAAUGCCCCAUCACCUCACUAAUUGAGACAGUAGAAUACAGAUAAUCUAUUGAUCUCUAAUGCCAAUAAGAGUUACUUGAC